AUCAUAUUCAUUUUCCUCUUUUCAUUAGCGAAAUGCCCUAAAAACACGGACUUAAGCCCGCAGGCUCGUCAAGAGAAGUUUCGUAGCUAAACAUUCAGUCAUCUCGGCCCAUAGAUAUCACAUGAUUGACCCCAACCACGCUUCAGCCCCAUGAGUGCAUGAGCCGAGCCGCGGAACCAAGUCAAUCAGCACCCACCGCCUUAUUCCACGAACGACUUCUCAUAGCUACUGAUUUGAAAUCAGGACCUCGGAAUCUGGAGAGGCAGACUGGAACGUCCUAUUCGACCCCUGUUCGAUUUGCGUAAAGGUCUGUUACGGUCUCCGUACUCAUCAUGUCGAUAUCUAAAGUCUUGGUUGCUCGUACCCUUCAACUCCUUCGACAGCCAGCUACUUCAAGAGGGUUCGUCAUGUCCGCAAAUCGAUCACCAACAAUCCUCCCGGCUGAUACUCCGAUAGACGAGGAGAGGAUUCCUGGCUAUGAUCCAAAGCGUUUUCUACCUGUGAAUCCAGGCGAUCUCCUCAACAACAGAUAUAAAAUUGUGGUGAAGGUUGGAUGGGGCACUACUUCCACUGUAUGGUUGGCUCAAGACACCCAACGAUGGUGGUGGAACUCCAACCGUUACGUGACUGUGAAGAUUACCGCCUCCGAUUGCGUCGAUGAUGAUGCAGCGAAGCAUGAGCGGAUUAUAACCCGACAUCUCAACAGGAACCCAUCACACGAAGGCUUCCCAUUUGUGAGGACAAUGCUCGACCAUUUCGAGGCCCCGGGCCAAGAUGGACCUCACUUGUGCCUAGUAUAUGAGCCUAUGAGAGAGCCCCUCUGGCUAUUUCAACGGCGCUGGGAGAACGGCAAAUUGCCACCAGCGCUUCUUAAGGUAUACUUGAGGUUUCUCCUCCGGGCACUUGAUUAUCUUCAUUCUGAGUGUCACAUCAUCCACACAGAUCUUAAACUAGACAACAUCUUACUGGGGUUCGAGCACCCAUCUGUGAUCGAAGAUUUUGUCCAGAAACAAGCCGAAAAUCCUAUGCCUCGAAAGAUCAAAGACGGCCGAUCGAUCUAUCUCUCACACAAUGAUUUCGGCCCGCCAAAGUCGUUCCGUAUACUACCUAAGAUAGCGGACUUUGGUUUAGCACAGUCAGGAGAGGGUUCGGAACCUCUAAUGCACCCUAUUCAGCCGCAUCUUUUCCAUGCCCCAGAAGUCCUCUUAGGCACGAGCUGGACGUAUAGCGCAGACAUUUGGAACCUCGGCGUACUGAUUUGGAACAUGAUGGAGGGUAGGGACUUAUUUACACAUAUUCGUUCAAGCCAAGGAGACUACGAUGUUCGAGCACAUCUUGCGGAGAUGAUUGCAUUACUAGGCGCGCCACCAAAAAUACUCAUUGAUCGAGAAAUACGCUGGAGCGAGGUCAAAUGGAGCCAUGCUGUGCCAAAUUUAGAAGGCAAGCUUUGUCAGACCGCUCGUGAGUAUUACGGAGGGCCUUUCUUCAACUCGGAAGGCGAGUUUAUGCACAAGGAUCUAAUUCCGAUCGGGGUUAGGUUGGAGGAUUUUGUCCUUUCUCUCGAAAGGGAAGAUAAACAUCUCUUCCUUGAUUUUAUAAAGAAGAUGCUCCAAUGGUUGCCAGAAGACAGGAAGACAGCCAAGGAGCUUCUUGAAGAUCCGUGGCUACAAGAAAAGAGCACUUAGGCGGGAGAGCAGGGGGAAUUCCCUGGUGCAGGCAUUUAGGGGAGUGUGGACAAGCAGCAGCUCGACCCCUUUGUGAGCCGAGAAACUGAGAUCUUCAACUGGUGAGAUGAGGGAAAAUGGACAAUUUCUGAAACAUUUGCUCCUUGAAUACUUGUGCUUGCGGGGGAUCAGUGGGUGUGGAGGCUGUAUCCAAAGAAAUAGUUGACGAGAUAACUGUACUCGCGACCAUUCUCGAUCAUCUCGCAACUGAUCUUAAUAUGGUGG